AUGGCUCCGGCCUCCAACUCUACGCUCGCGCUCGCCACCGGCGCCGGACUCGCAGCCAGCGCCGCGCUGGUGCGGCCGUGGGACGAGUGGCUGACGUCGCACCACGAGCACGACGAGGAGUUCGAGCGGGAGGACGGGCGAGGCACGCUGACGCUCGGCUCAUGUCGGCCGACGACGCUGGGCCAGCUGGCGCGCGGCGCGGGCAGCUGCCUCGCCUUUCUCGCCGCCUGCGACGCGCUGAUCGCUCGCCGCGCGCGCGACGACACGGCGCGCUACUUUGUGCUCCACACGCUCGCGAACUGGGUGAUCACCGUGAGCAGCUCUGGAGAGAUGGCGGCCGUGCUUGGCGACCCGGUCAACUCGUCGCUGGGCAAGUGCAACCUGCUGCCGACCUACAUGAUCCCUUGCCUCUUUGGCUACCACCUGUCGGUCUUCAAGAAUGCAAUAUCCUUCUUCAUGUGCGGGCUGCCCGGCGGCGUCGACUACGCGAUGCUCGCCGCAGUCAAGGAGGGGCGGAUGGCCUCCUCGAGCGCGAAGGAGGGGCUGAUGGCCUCCUCGAGCGAGAAGGUGUGGAACGCACGGCUGCAGGUGCGCACGCCGCACAAGCUGCUCCCGUACCUCCUCUUCCUCCUGGCUGCCUUCAACGGCCAGUACUACAUGCAGAAGGUGGUCGCCAACACGGCCUUCAAGAAUCACGGCCAGGGGGCGUGCUAG